CACAAUCACACGACGUCACACUUUGUUCCGAAUCUACUCCCGAGAAUUCGCUCUACUUACAUCCAGUGAACACCUACCAAUGUCUUUUGCCCGCCAGGCUAUGCGGGUCGGCUUAUCUCCCAGAUUUUGCCUUGUCUCCGCUUCUGGCUCCUCUCUCACCUCUACCGUCAUCCGGUCUGCCGUCGCUCAGCGUCGACUUCUACAUUCUUCCCGAUGCUCGAGUGCUUCUCAGCACGAUCCCAGCCAUCAUGAUCAUGGCCACGAGCAACACACGGAGAGCUUACACAGUGACAUGAAGCUUCUACAUGGCCGAUACCCAGAAACACCGCUGUACUCUGACCUCAACUCUAAUGUGAAUGUCAAAAAGUUCAAAACUGGCGAGAGAGCCAUCGACAAGGCCGUCCAUCUUUUCUUCUUGACUGAAAUCAUGCGGGGCAUGUGGAUCGUUAUGGAAAACUUCUUCCGUCCACCUUACACCAUCAUGUAUCCUUUCGAAAAGGGUCCUCUUUCGCCUCGUUUCAGAGGAGAACAUGCCCUCAGGAGAUACCCAAGCGGCGAAGAACGUUGCAUUGCCUGCAAAUUAUGCGAAGCGAUUUGCCCUGCCCAGGCUAUCACCAUUGAAAGUGAAACUCGCUUAGACGGUUCUAGGAGAACAACGAAAUAUGAUAUCGACAUGACCAAGUGUAUAUACUGUGGUUUCUGUCAGGAGGCAUGCCCAGUUGAUGCUAUCGUCGAGACUCAAAAUCAGGAAUUCUCCACCGAGACCCGUGAAGAGUUGUUGUACAACAAGGAGAAGCUGCUAGCAAAUGGUGACCGAGCCGAGGCGGAGAUUGCUGCGAAUUUGCAUGCUGACCAUGUUUACCGGUGAAAAGCUGAGUUAGGCAACGCAGACUGGAUGCCUCGAGUAAAGUGUGUACCGUAGAGAUGAGACGUGGAAUGAGAAUUCAAACAGUUACUUUCUUCGCUCAGUCAAUAUGUGGAAACAUCUUUCAAUCGGCUCUUCGGACAAUUAUCAAUAC